UUCAAACCGGGUUAUUCAACUUGAACAUUAUCAUUGGAUGAGCAAUCUUGCACAGUGUAUAGGUUUAAAAAUAAGUACCAAUCAGCAGUCACAAUUCAAUCAACGACUGCUUGGACAAAGAUUUGAUAGUGGUAUUUGUCUGCUUGGAAUGUCCUGUACACAAAAAAACGUAGCGCCUUAGAUGCUAUAGAAAUGGCAUGCAGUUUGUGUGAGCAACUUCAAUGUCGCACUACCGUUGGAUUUGGUGGUAGCCCAGAUGAAAAAGGCGAGACAACCCUAGAUGCAAUGAUAAUGGAUGGAGUUACAAUGGAUGUGGGUGCUGUUGGUGGAUUACGUCGAAUCAAAAAUGCUAUCUCAUUAGCACGCAAAGUCCUGGAUUAUACCAAACAUACGUUAUUGGUUGGAGAUCAAGCUGCCGAGUUUGCAGUGAAAAUGGGUUUCACUGAGGAAGACUUACACACACCCAAGUCCAAGAAUAUGUGGUUAAAUUGGUUGACCAAUAACUGUCAACCAAACUUUUGGAAGAAUGUUACACCAGAUCCUGGACGGUAUUGCGGCCCAUAUCAUACAAAGUUCGGUAAAAUUGAGGGCAGGAUUCAGGGUGCAUCAAACAAAGAUAUAGAUCAAAAUAAUCAUGACACAAUCGGCAUGAUUGCAAUUGACAUUCACGGACAUAUCGCAGCUGGCACAUCCACCAAUGGUGCUAAAUAUAAAAUUCCAGGACGUGUUGGUGAUUCUCCCAUUCCAGGAGCUGGGGCUUACGCGGACCAAGAGGUUGGAGCUGCUGCAGGCACAGGAGAUGGAGAUGUCAUGAUGCGUUUCCUUCCCAGCUUUUUAGCUGUAGAAGAGAUGCGGCGAGGAUCUUCGCCAGGAGCUGCUGCUGAGACAGCUAUUCGACGAAUAGCUCAACACUAUCCAAUGUUUUCUGGUGGAGUUAUUGCAUUGAACAAGCAAGGUGCAUAUGGUGCAGCCUGCAAUGGAAUGCAAAGUUUCCCGUUUUACAUAAGUAAUCCGUUGGUUGGAGAACCAACCUUAAACCAUGUACAGUGUAUCAAAAUAUGAUUUCAUUGUUCUUCAUUUCUUUUGUGAGCUUAUAUUUCGGAGGUUCAUAAGAUAAGAUGUGAUAAGGAUAAUGGAAUAAAACGAAUAUCAAUAUCCUGUAGCAUAAUAUACCUACAAACAUGAUGUUCGGAAAAUACAUAGUAAUCUAAAAACUU